UCGGUCAAUUUAUCCAACAAGUGCUCGUUUCUCUCUGUCUCUCACUCCAGGACCGGUCAACGACAGUUAGGCAUGUUAUUUGCAUUCAAGCUACUGCUGAAGAGAAGCGGAGGAGCGUUUUGACAUUACCCUUGUUUGUUUAUUGACCAACCGCACCAACUUUUAGGCAGUUAUUGAAAAAUGACGAUGUGCUUGUUAAAUCGUUUGCGGCGUCCUGGUCGUUAAGGUGUCAGCUGUUACCAUAUUUUCUUUAGUUUUCUUUAUUUUCAAACUAGAAUUGUAUUCGUUAUGUAAUUAGUGAUAUAAAGCAGCACUUAACAUAAGUGAACAACAAGGUAAAGAGGAAGGACGUGUGUUGUCGCAAAGUUUUGACUGAAAGUAAUGGAAAAUGACGAACCCGAAUCGCCGGACCCGAACCAUGCCAACACUCAGACUAGAGGAAAUCCUGUGCCCAAGAAACCUCAUCUAACUCAGAUAGAGGUGAUCCCAUGUAAGAUCUGUGGAGAUAAGUCGUCAGGUGUUCAUUAUGGAGUUAUCACUUGUGAGGGUUGCAAGGGGUUCUUCCGCAGAAGUCAGUCCUCCAGUGUGCAGUAUUCAUGUUCCAGGCAGAGUAACUGUCCUAUUGACCGUGCCAGCCGCAACCGCUGCCAGAGCUGCCGCCUCAAAAAAUGUGUUGCUCAGGGCAUGAGCCGUGAUGCUGUGAAGUUUGGUCGCAUGUCCAAGCGUCAGAGAGACUCGCUGUUUGCAGAAGUUGAGAGACACCGGCAGCAGCAGCGUCUUCAGGGCAACUCAGUUCAAGAACCCCAGCCUCUACCAGCCUACCGGCCCAGCAAAGAGCCCCGAGAACAGACAUCACAUCUCAUUCCUAAUCUGCCUCCAGCCUACCCCUAUUCUGUGGAGCCCGAACUGCCAGGCUGUCCACCAGAGGUGCAUCCAUACCUGGAGUGUCGCAGAAGCGAGUCCCAGGCUCCUGGUCUGGCCUGCAGGGGCUCCCACAGGAGGGGUGAUUGCAACAGCCUGGCAGCUGUUAGAGGCUUUGACUCCACAAGGUCUACACCAGAGGCCAUCAUAAACAUACCAGGCAGUGAAAUAGGGUUUCGACCUUUUGACCCUGAAAGCUCAUUUUUUGGCUACUCAACCUCUCUGCACAUAGAGGAGCUUUGUGCGAGUAUUGUGCGUUCCCACAGAGAGACAACUCAGUAUCGUCCAGAGGAGUUGCAGUCUCUCAGAUGGAAGGUUUUCAGCAGGGAGGAGAUCCAUGCUUACCAGAGCAAGUCGAUGGAUGAGAUGUGGCAGCACUGUGCGAUGCAGCUGACCGAUGCCGUUCAGUACGUGGUGGAAUUUGCUAAACGCAUCCCAGGAUUCCGUCAGCUCUGUCAGAAUGAUCAAAUUGCUCUGCUCAAGAGUGGGUCCAUGGAAGUGGUUCUGGUCCGGAUGAGUCGGAUGUUUAACACGGAAAACAACACAGUAUUCUUCGAUUGCAAAUUUGCAGGAACAGAAAUUUUCAAAUCUCUUGCAUGUAGUGAUCUAAUAGCUGCUGUAUUUGACUUCGCUCACAAUCUAUGUGCACUGAGACUGACUGAAGAGCAGAUGGCUGUGUUUAGCGCACUUGUCCUCAUCAACUCAGAUCGGCCGUGUUUGGAAGACAGAGAGAGAGUGCAGAGAGUAAGGAGAGAUGUGGAGCUAGCCCUGAGUCACAUCCUGCACAGAGACAAUCAGGAGAGUCUACUGCUUAAGCUAUACCAGAGGGUGCCGGUGUUGAAGUCUCUGUGUGCACAACAUAUUGAGAAACUGAGGUGGUUCCGUCAGCUGUACCCACUCACUGUGCAUUCCCUAUUCCCUCCGCUGUACAAAGAGCUGUUCGGCUUUGACACAGAUAUACAGACUCUGGCUACUCACUGAACACACACAGUCAAACAUACAAUUUACCUG